GAUCUUUUUUUCAACGUCACCAAAAUAUAUACAGAUUUUCAGCUGUCGGCAAUGAAGACUUCCAGCAAAGCUCAAGACCUACAAGAGCAACUCUUGGCCAAGUUUCAAGCGAUCGUUGAUCUCAUGGACGAAUCAUUCACUCACCAAGAAGAGCAAAAGAGAGAAGAAGCGAAAACUUUUGAUGACUUUCACAACUCUAUGUUGGAGAGAUCAAGAUAUUUCGAAGACGCUUGGGACUAUAUGUCUCUGGAGAUAUCCACGAAUACCAAUAAAAUUGAUCAAAGUUUGAGCGAGACCCACCAAAAGUUACAGCUCAUUUUCGACUUUGUUGAUACACAAUUUGCGAGGAUACUGACUGCAAACGAAAAUCUAGCAAAAAUUCAUGUCCAGGCAUCUCAAAGUAUUUCUGACGACUUGAUGAUGCUCUACCAAAAUUCAAAAAGUGGACAAUUGGUGCUUCAAGACAUUCUUGAAGAUAACUUACAUAAAGGCUUACAAAUCAAUUACUUGCUUCAAGAUACGCAUCUCCAGGUAGAGAAUAUGUUCGAAGACAUUGAAAAAGAGACUCGAGCAAUCGUGGCGAAUGUUACCCGGGAGUUAAAGGAUGAAGCAUUGUCUUUGUUUAUCGUUUUUCAGACGACUUUUGAAAGCACGUUUUCCCAAUUAAUGUUUCUAAGUCAGAACAUUGGACACAUUAUCUUCAGUAUGGAUGCUGCAUCACUAAAUCUAAACUCUAGUCUAGUGAUCUUACACGAGCGUGUUCAAGAUCUAAAGAGUAUCAACAUGAGCUCUAUUCUCAGCUCAGUCAUGUUAUCGCCAAAAGUUGUCUCUUGUGUUCUUGUCGCAAUUUGUAUGUUUCAAUUCAUGUUCAGAUGGGAGCAUGGACAAGGCGCUUUCAUGAGUGCAAUAUUCUUCGGAGCAUUCACAACAUAUUUGGCAAGAUCUGUCAUUUUUGCGAUGUUUACUUAGUUUAGUUGAGUUUCAGUCGAC